GGCAGUGAGCCAGACCGGAUCCUUCAUGAGGGAAGAGGCCAGGGACAGCCAGCCAACCCCGGCUUCUCUUCUCUUCACUGAUAUUAUUCUGUAUUGUGAGCCAGAGAGCCCGAGCAGGGGGCUGCGUUAGUGUUCAUAGGAUGUCCCGUCAUGAAGGCGUGAGCUGUGAUGCAUGUUUAAAAGGCAACUUCAGAGGUCGACGAUACAAAUGUUUAAUUUGCUACGACUACGAUCUGUGUGCAUCGUGCUAUGAGAGCGGUGCAACCACAACCAGACACACCACAGAGCAUCCCAUGCAGUGUAUAUUAACCCGAGUCGACUUUGACUUGUACUACGGUGGAGAAGCAUUCUCAGUGGAGCAGCCCCAGGCCUUCACUUGUCCUUACUGUGGCAGGAUGGGUUACACAGAGGUCUCCCUGCAGGAGCACGUGGCUGCAGAGCACACAGAGACCUCCACAGAAGUGAUCUGCCCCAUAUGUGCGGCACUACCAGGUGGCGACCCGAACCAUGUGACAGAUGACUUUGCUGCUCAUCUCACACUUGAACACAGAGCACCCAGAGACUUGGAUGAGUCCAGCGGGGUGCGGCAUGUGAGGAGGAUGUUUCACCCUGGGCGUGGGCUGGGGGGUCCACGAGCCCGCAGGUCUAACAUGCACUUCACCAGCAGCACCACAGGGGGGCUCUCCACCAGUCAGAGCUCCUCACAGAGCUCCAACUACAGCAGAGAGGCCAUGGACCCCAUAGCAGAGCUUCUGUCCCAGUUGUCAGGGGUGCGGCGUUCUGCGGGCGGCCAGCUCAGCUCAGGCCCCUCGGCCUCCCAGCUCCAACAGCUUCAGAUGCAACUCCAGUUGGAGCGCCAGCAGGCCCAGGCGGCGCGUCAGCAGUUGGAGACGGCCCGAAACGCCACCCGGGGCAGCGGUAGAGCCAAUGCAAUCCUCAAUACCAAUUCAGCCACAGCAAACCCCAACCUCAGCGCCAACCACAAUACCAACUCCAGUCCCAACCCGGGUCCACCGGAGUCCAACACACAGCAUUCUGCACAUAGCUCCCAGUUUCUACUCAGCAGGCUGAGCGAACCGCGGCUGUCCGAGGCGGAGCGGCAGGCGUGCGAGGCCCAGUGGGCCGACAGGAGCCUGUUUGUGACUGAGCUGCUUCUGUCCACGCUGCUGCCCGACGACGACGCCUCGGCUUCCUCCUCCGAGGACGAGGACGACUGUCAUGGCUCGUUGCGGAAUUUCGCUGACUUCGAGGCCAUGGGCUGUGUUGAGGUCAUGACCUUGGACGUGGCACUGGAGAACCUCAACCUCAAGGAGAUGACCCCGGCUCCCAAGACGACAAAAACGACGACUAAACCGGCACCAACGAAGAAAGAGCCUCCCGCGCCGCCCCUUUGAUGACAUGGCCACUCCCUCCCCUCGAACCACCAUUGUAACUGGCUGACGACGGGGUCAGUCCAACUGCCAAUGGAUGACAAAAAAGACUGCAGUUCUUUUUGGCUUUGUUUUAUUUUUAUUUUUUUUUUCUCAGUGAUUGUCAUUUCAGCUCUGUCGCUCCCCACUCAACCCCAUGUUUAUUACUUUGUGUACAUUGAAUAAAAGUAGUGAGACGAGAGAAUGUGAAA